ACAAUGAUAUUUUGUAGGAGAGCAAGUUGAAAUUUUUUUUGCAAAGCUAGAACUGGUAAAAAUUUUUGCUUCAACUUUGGUAUUACGAAUUCUUUGUAAUUUUGUUUGCUGUCCAAGCAAUACAACUUGCAUCACCAUCCGCCUUUUCGAGUAUGGAAUUUAGUACAACCUAAAGUGAUUAUAGACGAGUUCAUUUUUCUGGUUUCAAAUCUCAAAUCUUCUAUUUUGGUCGAACAUUUCUUUGAAAGAUGGAAGAAUAUGCCAGAGAGCCAUGCCCGUAUCGUAUCGUCGAUGAUUGUGGCGGUGCCUUUGCAAUGGGAGCAAUAGGCGGAGGAAUAUUUUCAUUUGUAAAAGGAUGGCGCAACUCACCAUCAGGCCACCGGUUGCUUGGCAGUAUUUCUGCAGUUAAAACAAGAGCUCCUGUAUUGGGAGGUAAUUUUGGUGUAUGGGGUGGGCUCUUCUCUACAUUUGAGUGCUGUUUGAUUGGCAUUAGACGAAAAGAGGAUCCAUGGAACUCCAUUGGUAGUGGUGCAUUGACAGGAGCUGUGCUAGCAGCCAGGGGUGGGCCCUCAUCUGCGCUUUCCGCAGCUGCUGUUGGUGCUGUCUUACUUGCUUUGAUUGAGGGUGUAGGUAUUGCAAUUACCCGAAUGACAGCAGAACAAUUUAAACCAGUCAUGCCCCAACCACCUGACCCAGCUCAGCUUCCACCUUUACCAGUGCCUCAGGGCCUACCACCUCCACCACCAUCAGAAUUUGAUAACCAACCACAGUACCAUUAGUAAAAAGUAAUCUACUAUGAAUAAUCAAUGGAUGACCAAAGUAUCUUAUUGGAAGGUAAAACAAAGGAUAUAGUUUUAAUUUUCCUUUAAAGAAAUGUUUGACUCCAAAGAUAUCAAUGAACUUUCAAGAGCUGUGUUUCUUUGCUUGUGAGAUCUUCAAAGAAACUUAGAUUGUUUUAUGAAAUUUUUUUACACAUGACAGUAUAUGUGUCAAAAUAUCAGGCAAAUUAAGACUGUCAGUUAUUAUUUAUUAUUGUUCUUCUUGAAUACAGAGCCUUCAGUAUGCUUUCAA